AUGUCUAAUCUCACGCUAUCAGAAGCAAAAAAUAAAAGAGCUCACAUAAGAGCAUCGGCGACACGGCUAAAAACUUUCAUAGAAGGUUAUGAUCCUAAUCAAGGAUCACGACACGACAUUACCGAACGUAAGGUUAAGCUAUCAGAUUUGUGGGAUCAAUUUGAAGCCGUUCAAUCGCACAUAGAAACAAUUGAAAAUGAAGAUCCCGCGAAUACAGACAAAGAUGCCCUACUGGCACGACAAAUCCAACAAAGGGAUAGCUUUGAAAAUCCUUAUUUUCAUUUGGUAUCGCGUUACGACACUGUAUUAGAACAUUUCGAUCGGCGUGAGGCUACAGCUUCAAUAUCUAACGAGCUUAAUAAUGUAGGGAACAUCGCAAGACAAUCUCGCGUCAAAUUACCUAAAAUAGAACUUCCAGUUUUUUCAGGCUCUUACGAAGACUGGUACUCGUAUCAAGACACAUUUGAAAAGCUUAUUCACACAAAUGACAUUCUCGAUGAUAUAGAAAAGUUCCACUAUUUACGCUCAUCUUUAAGGAGCACCGCAGCGGAAGUGAUAAGCUCUAUAGAAAUUACAACAGACAAUUAUCAAGAGGCGUGGGCGACAAUAAAGGAUCGUUUCGACAACAAAAGAUGGAUCAUAAAUAAACACAUCAAGGGGAUGUUCGAAGCACCAUCGCUUAUCAAGGAAAAUCACGUCGCAUUGCGCGAAUUAUUGGAUACCAUUCUGAAGCAUCUGAGGUCUCUUAAGGCUCUGAAAAGGCCCACGGACACAUGGGACGACUUGAUUAUACACGUAAUUACAUCAAAACUUGAUCCCGCAACCAAUAAGGCAUGGGAAACAAGCAUUGUCCAAGGAGACAUGCCAAAAUUGAAGUCUCUCACAGACUUCCUUUCAAAACGUUGUCAAGUGCUAGAAUCGUUUUCUAGUAAGUUGCAUAAUAAUCAACAAAACAAUACUUCUCAAAGGCAUAGCAGUAAGCACAAAAAUCAAUCAGUAUUAAAUGUUACGACUAACGUAUCUUGCCCUCAAUGCAAGGAGAAUCAUUUGAUAUACCAUUGUGAAGCAUUCCUUAAACUUCCGAUAGACAAACGAAUACAGAUAGUUAAAAGAGCUCAUAUUUGUACGAAUUGUUUGAGAUCAACAGAUCAUCAAGCCAGUGCAUGUAAAUCAGGAUCUUGUCGCAAAUGCAAUAAAAGGCAUAACACUUUAUUACACUUAUCAACUUCCAACAACAAUGACAAGGGUCUGAAGUUUAAGGAAUCGCUCGCAGAGUCAAAUGAAGCACCACAAGCUAUCGUUACACAAUGUUUAUCAACUCAUCAUUCUGUGAAUAUUUUAUUGUCUACUGCUAUUGUAUAUGUAUAUGAUUCUAAGGAACAGCCAAUUUCAUGUCGCGUGCUACUCGACAGUGGUUCACAAAUGAACUUCAUUACUGAAGAAUUAGCCAAUCAACUACAUCUUAAGGAACAAACAGUAGAAACCUCUAUUAUAGGAGUCAUGCAAAAAGGCUUUCAUGCUAAAAGAUCGAUUAGCUUGCGUAUUAAAUCUCGUCUAAACAAUUUUAGUGAGGUCAUAGAUUGUAUUGUACUACCAAAAAUUACUCAGCCAUUACCUCAAAAUUUCAUAACUAAAUCAAAGCUAAUGAUUCCCAAGCACAUUAAAUUGGCUGAUCCAAACUUUAACAUUCCGUCUAAUAUCGAUAUGUUAAUUGGCGCCGAAUUAUUUUGGAGGCUCAUUUGUGCUGGCCAGAUCAAGCAUUCAAAAAAUCAGCCAACCUUACAAAAGACUCAUUUUGGUUGGAUAAUUUCUGGUCAUAUUAUAGGUAAUAAUGUAAACUCUAUCACAACUAGUUGUCAUUUAGCAGUAACGGAUGACUUAAAUCGGACGCUUAAUCGAUUCUGGGAAGUAGAGCAUAACAUAUCAUCACCUAGUCCUUCGCUGGAGGAAAGCAAAUGUCAAUCUAUUUUUCAAAACAGCACCAGACGAAAUGAUGAAGGACGAUUCAUAGUUCAGCUCCCAAUAAAGGCGGAUAAAUUGAUUGCCAUUGGAGAUUCAAGGGAUAUCGCUCUGAAACGCUUCAAAUCUUUAGAAAAACGUCUCUUGAAGCAGCCGCAAAUGUACGCUGAAUAUAAAAAAUUCAUUCGUGAAUACAAGGAGCUGGGUCACAUGUAUGAGGUGCCCAGUGAUGUGGAGUUCAAUAUUUCCAACACAAACAUUCCAGCUUACUAUCUACCGCAUCAUGCGAUAUACAAGGAAACAAGUAGUACUACCAAACUGAGAGUGGUUUUCGAUGGAUCGUGCAAAACAUCAAAUGGUACUUCUCUUAACGACGUGCUAAUGGUUGGCCCGACACUGCAGGACGAUCUUUUCUCCAUUUUGUCAAGAUUUCGAACCUUCACGUACGCUCUAACCGCCGACAUUACUAAAAUGUACAGGCAGGUACUAGUAGACCCUACACAAACAUGUCUUCAGCGCAUCCUCUGGCGCGAUUCGCCAAAUGAAUCAAUUAAAACAUACGAACUUCUUACACUUACAUAUGGGACUUCCUCAGCAUCAUUCUUGGCUAUUGCAGCCUUGCGAAAACAAGCCGAAGAAAAUUCAACCAAGUUUCCAAUUGCGUCCAAAGUAGUAUUAAACGACUUUUAUGUGGAUGACCUAGUCACUGGUGCAAACACCAUUCAAGAGAUAUACACUAUUAAGAAGGAAACUAUUCAAUUAUUGCAAGGAGCCAAAUUUGAAUUAGCAAAAUGGGCAUCGAAUGUUCCCUCUCUGCAAGGCCAGCCAUAUAAUUCAAAUCAGAAGGAAUUUAUGUCGUCAGCUGACAAACAAUGUGAAACACGCACAUUAGGCAUUAUAUGGAAUUGUAACAUGGAUCAAUUUCAAUUUCCCAGCGUCACGCCUUUCGAACCACUUAAAACAAUCACAAAACGAAGUAUAUUGUCAAGGAUCUCAUUAAUAUUUGAUCCACUCGGUCUACUCGGUCCUGUCACACUAACAGCCAAAAUUAUAAUGCAAGAUCUUUGGCGUCUUGGACUGGAUUGGGACGAAUCAAUCCCUUUAGAAUUACACACUAAAUGGAAACGUUAUGAAGCAGAAUUGCCUACACUAAGGCAAAUCAACGUACCUCGCAGGGUUAUUCCGUUUAAGCAACACACACGACUGGAAAUUCACGGAUUUUCCGACGCCAGUGAAUCUGGAUAUGGAGCAUGCAUUUAUUUACGUGCCACAUCACCCGAUGGAAGUCAUUCAGUUCGUCUACUUUGCUCCAAGAAUCGAGUAGCUCCUUUGAAGACUCUCUCGAUUCCGCGCCUCGAAUUAUGCGGCGCACUAUUGCUAGCACAGCUCGUCAACAAAAUUUCAAAUUGUCUAUCAUGCAAAAUAGAUUCUAUUUACUUAUGGACUGACUCGACCAUCGUCCUAGCCUGGUUGCAAUCAUGCAACCGUACCUGGACACCCUUCGUAGCCAAUCGCGUUGGAGAGAUACAACAAUUGACCGCAAUACAAAACUGGAAACACAUACGAAGUGAGGACAAUCCCGCAGACCCAUUGUCAAGAGGCAUCAUGCCAGCAUCUUUAUCUCAUCUACAAAUUUGGUGGACAGGUACUCCGUGGCUAACGCUUGAUAAGAAAAAAUGGCCUCAAGGUCUACUUGUCACCUCUAAUCAAGACGCACCAGAAAGGAGGUCUAAAUGCAUCACCACGCUAGCAACUAAUGAUCAAGAUUUUAACAUCUUCAAUCGAUACUCAAGAUUUACAAGAUUGAUUCGAAUCGUUGCGUAUAUCUUUCGAUUCUUCAAAAACGCAAGAAAUAUUGGAGGAUCUAUUAGAAGAUCUCAAGAAUCUAUUACGCCUGCACGAAUAAUUCAACCUAUAACCACUGACGAAAUAAAUCACGCCAUUCAGAUAUUGGUAAAACUUGUACAGAAAGAUUGUUUUUCAAAGGAGUUGCAUUCAUUAUCUAAUCAAGGCAUCAUAUCUCCAAACAGUCCUGCAUCAAGGUUAAGCCCAUUCAUCGAUGAAACUGGAAUCUUGAGAGUCGGGGGCCGUCUACAAUCUUCAUCGUUGCCGCGCUCAGCAAAGCAUCCCAUAUUAUUGCCUGGACGACAUUCAUUAUCACACCUUAUCAUAAUGCACGAACAUGAAAAACACUUACAUGCUGGACCUCAAGCUACACUCGCUGCCGUUCGACAGAACUAUUGGCUCGUAUCAGCGCGAGAUAUUGUUCGUCAGAUCACUCGAAAAUGUACCAUUUGUUUUCGCAGUGCACCGAAACCAGCAUCAACAAUCAUGGGUAAUCUGCCCAAGCCACGAAUUACAGUACCCUCAAGGGUCUUCGAAAAUUGCGGAGUAGACUACGCCGGUCCAUACUACUACAAGCAAGGAUUGAGAAAAAAUACCAAGUUAAUAAAGUGCUAUAUGACAAUAUUUGUCUGUUUUGCAACGAAGGCCGUCCACAUUGAGUUAGCCACGGAUAUGACUUCAGAAGCAUUUUUAAAUGUUUUCAAGCGAUUUAUCUCCAGGCGAGGAUAUCCAGCCAACAUAUACUCCGACAAUGGCCUAAACUUUGUAGGUGCAGAACGUGAAUUGAACGAGUUAGUUGUAUUAUUCAAGAAUCAAAAAUUCCAACAUGAAAUCGCUGGAUACAUGAGCGAUAAAAAUGUACAAUGGCACUUUAUCCCACCCAGAGCACCUCACCAUGGAGGGCUUUGGGAAGCUGCAGUCAAAAUGGCUAAAGUGCAUAUAUCUCGAAUAACCAAAGACGCUCACCUAAGAUAUGAGGAGCUACAAACGUUGCUUAUUCAAGUCGAAGCAAUCCUUAAUUCUAGACCACUCACGCCUAUGUCUUCUGAUCCUGAUGACCUUGCACCUUUAACAGCAGGACACUUUUUAAUAGGGGGACCUCUAACGUCUUAUCCCGAACCAUCAUUGGAGAAUCUUGCAAUCAAUCGUUUAUCACGCUGGCAGCAUCUGGAGCAAUUGAGGCAACAUUUCUGGCGACGUUGGACGAAGGAAUACCUUCAUCAUCUCCAGCAACGCAAUAAAUGGCAAUCUAUUGAUUCAUCAAUAUAUAAAGGGCAAAUGGUAAUUCUAAAGGAGGACAACAUGCCACCUUUAUCUUGGCCCCUAGGAAGAAUAUCAGAGAUCCAUCCGGGACACGAUGGAAUCGUUCGCACGGCUACCAUCAAGACAACUAAAGGUUCUUAUAAGCGCCCUAUCACACGUUUAUGUUUACUUCCUUUCGAUAAUGAGCCUCAGUCAUGA